CUUAAACCAUGGCAGCAGCACCCGAGCAAAUAUCCUAUGACAGUACACGGCAUGUUAUUCAGUAUAUGAAGCCGGAUUUGAGAUUCCGCCUGUCGCUUACUGUCCAUCCCUCCGCGCUGCCGAAAAAUCAGUUCCCCUUCACAUCAAGCACCUCAGAAUUACACCUCAUACAAUUCAAAUCAACAAAACAAGACUUCAACUAGCUAUUGGUCAAAAGGGACCAGACAAUGAGCCAACUUCAUAUGAUAUUGAUCAGCAUGGCGAGAAGGAUCUCGGAAAAAUAAGACCAGCUUCUGACGAUGAGAUCUUAAUUGAUGGAAGACGUCACGAACUUACCGAGGAGGAGAAAGCAGCCAAUAGGCCAUUCGAAGUGGCAGCUAUUCGUGAGAAUUUUCGUCUCUUUGCGUUCAUGGCCGAUAUGGUUGAAACAGACGUUGAACCAACUGAAGUACGAUUUCCCAACCAUUUGGGACAACUCGUUCGGAAUUCGAAUCAAGAGUUGGAAAGUGUGAUUCCAAGUGCAAACUGGCACGUUACGUUCACUCAAGCUCGCCUAGGCAUUUUUGAGCCACUAAGCAAAGGCAAAGGCAUGGGCAGAAAGCUACAGGAAAAGCUCAUUGAGAGGGUAGCAUAUACUAAGAAGUUGCAUGAAAUAAUGAAGUAUCUAGCGGAAAAGCUAUUUGGCGGGAAACACCUUAGAAUUCAAAAACUGGAAAUUGGCUCAAAUCCCGGAGUGCUCCGCUUGCCAAACAAUAUGACGAUUUUCACUCGGAAUCUAGAACUCUUUGAUGAAGACCACGAGUAUCUACUAAAAAGUAUUCGUCCACUAAUGAACCUGAAAAGCUUGCCAUUGGCAUCGCUGGAACUCCACGGUCCACUUCCACUUGAAAGUGACGUCAUAGAAACUUCCAAGAAGCUUCUUCUCAGUGAGAUUCUUGAUGUGAAUUUUGACGUUGAAUUCCAAGAAAUAAAGAAAUUCAAGAAUCAAGAAGUAGUGCUGAAAUUUGAUGAGGCAAGAGCUCACUUUUAUGAGUCUUUUGAAGUACCUGCUGGAAGUUGGGAAGCCCCUGGGCAGUUGCUACAGAUUUUUUGUUUAUCGUGAGGCUGGCGCUAGAGGGCUUGUGAAGAAGAUCAAGGACUUGUACUGGGAUGAUGCAGAGGUUUUUUAUGGAGCAACCGAGUUUCCGAUCACCUUUAAUAUCCCGAUGAAGUACUCCUCAUCGAAAAAUGAAGUCAGUAUUCACUGCGAACUGGAUCCGAAUCUCCGAUUUCAUUGGGUAUUUUCCAUGACAGUUCAGAAGCCGGAAAUUAUUGACUAUUGAUUUUUUGUCUCAUUUAGUAUGUAAAUUUUAUGUAAAGCUAGUAUUUAUUUUUUUUCUUAUUUAUUUCCCAAACUACCUCGAAUUUUUUGAAAAUAAACUUUGCUAGUU